CCUCAUUUCACAGCCAAGUACAAAUUAAAACUUGCUACUCUUUUGCAACUCUAGCAUUUUAGGUGAGAGACCGAUCGAGUGCUAGAAAUUUGCAAUUCUUGGCUAGAAACUUACUUAAAAAAGAGAUGGCGGGUAUUUCUGGUCACUGGGCUUUUGCUUUUGGUGUCCUUGGUAACAUCGUCUCGUUCAUUGUGUUCCUUUCUCCACUGCCCACGUUUUAUAGAAUCUACAAGAAGAAAUCAACUGAAGGCUAUCAAUCGAUUCCUUAUGUGGUUGCUCUAUUUAGUUCCAUGCUUUGGAUAUACUAUGCAUUUCUCAAGACCAACACGACACUUCUCAUUACUAUAAACACUUUUGGGGUCUUCAUUGAAACUAUCUACGUCGGUUUCUACCUUUUCUACGCACCAAAAAAGGCUAGGGUCCAAACUGUGAAAAUGCUCCUAUUAUCAGUGGUGGGUGGAUUUGGUGCUAUAGUUCUGGUUACCCAAUUUCUGUUCAAAGGAGCAGUUCGUGGACAAGUUGUUGGAUGGAUUUGCCUUGUGUUUUCCUUGUGUGUGUUCGUAGCACCCUUAGGCAUUGUGAGAAAAGUUAUAAAAACAAAGAGUGUGGAAUACAUGCCAUUACUCCUGUCAGUGUUUCUCACGUUAAGUGCAGUGAUGUGGUUCUUCUAUGGUCUUCUACUUAAAGACAUUAACAUUGCUGCUCCAAACGUAUUGGGAUUCUUCCUUGGUAUUGUCCAAAUAGUGUUAUAUGUAGUAUACAACAAAAAAGAGAAGGCAAACCUAAAAGAGCAGAAACUUCCAGAGAUACAAAAGCCAGCAGUCAUAGUGGUGGAUGAGAAGAUGAAUAACACGAAGUUCCCAGAACUAACACAGGAACAGAUUAUUGAUAUUGUGAAGCUUGGUUUACUAGUUUGU